GAUACCAAGUUCGUGGGAUUCCUUUACGUCACUUUGGGUUCUUUUCCUCCAGUGAUUGUCUUGCGAAGAUAAUUCGGAGUAGUGCGUGGUAUAGGUGCUAAACAUAAGAGCAACCAUGCUGAGGUCACGUCUCGUUGGUGUGCCGAAAGCUGUUAAACGUAGCAUCAGUACCAACGUUCCUGCUUUGCAGAAAGCUACCGAUCCCAUACAGCAGCUCUUCCUCGACAAACUCCGGGAAUACACGUCAAAAAGCGUAGGCGGGAAAUUAGUUGAUCCCAGCCCGGAGAUUGCGAAAGAACGGGACUCCGAAUUAGAAAAACUUCAAGAGGUAUAUGGUGGCGGUACAGGAGUAGAUAUGACACAAUUUCCUCAGUUCAAAUUUGAAGAUCCACCUGUGGACUCUGGUGUUAAAAAUUAAACACAUAUGUCGAUAUGUAUCAUAGACAUAGAACAUUCAUGUAUUGUUGAACUAUUAAAUAUUAAGUAAUUCAUCUUAAAAAUACAUAUAUGCUAUUAAAUUA